GUUCAGAUUGUUCAUAAGAAGUUGGAUCUCAGUAACGUGACGUCAAAGUGUGGCUCCAAAGGCAACCUCCACCACAAACCAGGUGGAGGGAAGUUGGAGAUUAAAUCAGAGAAACUGGAUUUUAAAUCUGUUCAGUCUAAAGUCGGUUCUCUGGAGAACGUCACUCAUGUGCCAGGAGGAGGGAAGAAGAAGAUUGAGAGCCAGAAACUGACCUUUAAAGAGAACGCCAAAGCUCGUACUGACCACGGUGCUGACAUCGUCAUCCAGCCUGACUCCUCCUCUCGUCAUCUUAGCAACACUUCCUCCCCUGGAAGCCUUAACGCUGCUGAAGCUCCGCCCCUCGACACCCUGGCUGACCAGGUGUCUGCCUCUCUUGCCAAACAGGGCCUGUGAUUGGAUAACCCUGUGCCUACAGAUCCCGCCCACUCCUGUUACCAAGGAAACUGCCUGAUUGAAGAAAGAAAAAAAAACCCUCAUUCUGCCUUUUUCCUCAUCACCUUCAUCUGAUUCCACAAAACACAGGAUCGGAGAGAUUUUAUGAAGUCAAAGUGAGGCCUUAAACUUCUGAGUUUCUGAACGCAGAUCAUCAAUCAAUAUCUGAUCAAUAUCUGAUCAGUAUCCAGAUUAUCACCCAUAUCAAUAUCUGAUCAAUAUCCAUUAUUAGACAGAUUAUCAAUCAAUCACAGUUCAGUCCGUCAGGUGAGAGCAUUCGGGUGUUCAGUCAUAAUAAUAAUAAUAAUAAUAAUAGUUUAAUGUUUGUGUGUUCAGUACAGAUACAUCCAGGACACUGUUAGCCUAGCUUAGCACAAAGACUGGAAACUGCUAGCCUAGCUAAAUUGACCACUGGAUCAGUCAGACUUGAGGUUGUCCUCCUCUAAUGGAGCUAGACUAGCAGUCUUUGUGCUAAGCUAGGCUAACAGUUUCCCCCUCUUUCAGUCUUUGUGCUAAGCUAGGCUAACAGUUUCCCCCUGCUUCCAGUCUUUGUGCUUAGCUAGGCUAGAAGAUUCUCCCUGCUCACAGUGUUUAACGAACCACAUAGCUAACCUUUAGCUGGUUGGCUAAUUCAUCAAACACAUAAAACAGCUGAAAGUUGUCCAAGAUUCAAAAGUAGAAAAUUAUAUGAAUGUAAAAUAUUGUUUUACUGAAGCAAUGUAAAGAUAGUGGUUUAUGUCCGUAUGUAUACAGCUAUAAGAAACCCCUAUAUUGACCUUAUAUUGACCCUAUAUUGAUACUAUAUUGACCCUAUAUUGACUCUAUACAAACUCUUUAUUGACCUUAUAUUGAUCCUAUAUUGAUACUAUAUUGACCCUAUAUUGACCCUAUAUUGACCUUAUAUUAA